AGUAUAAACUAUAUGUAACAAAAUGGUAUAUACUAUAUACCCUUAAACCAUUUGAAAACAAUCCAAAAAUCCACUUCAACUUGCCCACACAUCUUUCAAUUGAAGAUAAAACAUUCAUUUCCUACCCUCACUCAACGGCCAAGAUCACUCCAUCAAAUCAAUCCAACGGUCUCCCUCUCCCCAUUUCAUCUCAACCACCCCUCUCCAAUCUCCCUAUUCUCACAAACUUAAUAAAAUUAUAAAACCCCAUUUAACCACCACCACACCCCCACUCUCACUCCCCCACUCUCUCUCAUCACCUUUCUCUCUCUAACCAAGAGCCAUGGCUUCUCUCACUCUCUCCCAUGCCGCCCUCGUCCCCCGCCAUGGCUCUUCCACCCCCACCCCCACCGUCUCAAUCCCAGCCUUCACCGGACUCAAAUCCACCUCCGCACGCUCCUCCACGCGCGGACAAGUCUCCGCCACGCGCCGUCAGGUUGCACCCACGCGCCGCCGCGUGAUCGUCAACGCGGCUGUGGAGACGUUGCAGAAGACGGAUACUGCUUUGGUGGAGAAGUCGAUUAAUACUAUUAGGUUUUUGGCGAUUGAUGCGGUUGAAAAGGCGAAUUCGGGUCAUCCGGGUUUGCCCAUGGGUUGUGCGCCCAUGGGUCAUAUAUUGUAUGAUGAGAUUAUGAGGUAUAACCCGAAGAACCCGUAUUGGUUUAACAGAGAUCGGUUUGUUCUUUCUGCUGGUCAUGGAUGUAUGCUUCAGUAUGCUCUGCUUCAUCUUGCUGGAUAUGAUGCUGUUAAAGAAGAAGACUUGAAGCAAUUCCGUCAAUGGGGAAGCAAAACUCCGGGCCAUCCUGAGAACUUUGAAACUCCUGGUGUUGAAGUCACCACUGGUCCUCUUGGUCAAGGUAUUGCCAACGCUGUUGGUCUUGCUCUUGCCGAGAAGCAUUUGGCUGCUCGUUACAACAAACCUGAUGCCGAGAUUGUCGACCACUACACAUACUGUAUUCUUGGAGAUGGUUGCCAAAUGGAAGGAAUUGCAAACGAAGCAUGUUCGCUUGCCGGCCAUUGGGGACUCGGAAAGUUGAUUGCUUUCUAUGACGACAACCACAUCUCCAUUGACGGUGACACCGAGAUCGCCUUCACCGAGAGCGUUGACAAACGUUUUGAAGCUCUUGGGUGGCAUGUCAUUUGGGUGAAGAACGGUAACACUGGUUACGAUGAGAUCCGUGCUGCCAUUCAAGAAGCCAAGGCCGUGACUGAUAAGCCCACUAUGAUCAAGGUUACAACAACAAUCGGUUUCGGGUCACCGAACAAGGCGAACUCAUACAGUGUCCAUGGAGCCGCGUUGGGUGCGAAAGAAGUAGACGCAACCCGACAAAACCUCGGAUGGCCUUACGAGCCAUUCCACGUACCCGAUGAAGUUAAAAAGCACUGGAGCCGCCAUACCCCUGACGGUGCCGCUCUUGAAGCCGAAUGGAAUGCUAAAUUUGCAGCUUACGAGAGCAAGUAUCCCGAAGAAGCCGCUGAAUUGAAAUCUAUUGUUACCGGUGUAUUGCCUGCCGGAUGGGAGAAGGCUCUUCCGACAUACACACCAGAAACACCCGGUGAUGCUACAAGAAACCUUUCACAAACAAUGCUUAACGCAUUGGCACCGGUUCUACCCGGUCUCAUCGGUGGAAGUGCAGAUCUUGCAUCUUCAAACAUGACAUUAAUGAAAAUGUUCGGUGAUUUCCAAAAAGCCACACCUGAAGAACGCAACGUUCGUUUCGGUGUCCGGGAACACGGUAUGGGAGCUAUUUGUAACGGUAUCGCUCUUCACAGCCCCGGUUUCGUUCCUUAUUGUGCUACGUUCUUUGUCUUCACCGAUUACAUGAGAGGUGCGAUGAGAAUCUCGGCUUUGUCAGAAGCAGGAGUCAUUUACGUAAUGACCCAUGACUCCAUUGGUCUAGGAGAAGACGGGCCGACCCAUCAGCCCAUUGAACAUCUAGCCAGUUUCCGGGCCAUGCCCAACAUCUUGAUGUUCCGACCAGCUGACGGUAACGAAACAGCCGGAGCUUACAAGGUUGCAGUCGAAAGCCGAAAACGACCAUCGGUUCUUGCUCUUUCUAGGCAAAAGCUACCCAACCUACCUGGAACUUCAAUCGAAGGAACCACGAAAGGUGGGUACACGAUAACCGACAACUCAACAGGCAACAAGCCCGAUGUUAUCUUGAUCGGAACCGGUUCUGAGCUCGAAAUCGCGGUUAAAGCCGCCGAUGAACUCAGAAAAGAAGGGAAAACGGUCCGGGUCGUGUCGUUUGUGUCAUGGGAGCUUUUCUAUGAACAAUCCGAUGAAUACAAGGAAAGCGUUCUCCCAUCGGGUGUGACCGCUCGUGUCAGCAUUGAGGCUGGAUCAACUUUCGGUUGGGAUAGAAUUGUUGGAAGCGCGGGAAAAGCUAUCGGGAUUGACAAAUGGGGGUCGAGUGCGCCAGCUGGAAAGAUCUACAAGGAAUAUGGUAUUACCGUUGAAGCUGUGAUUGCGGCUGCUAAACAAGUGUGUUAGGCUUGUAUCUUGAUUCGUAAUGGUUGAACGAACAAUAAGAAGUCGGUUUUUUAGUCUUUGAUGCAUUUCAGCGAACACCUUACUUGCGAAUCGAACGAAAAAUCAGAAGAGAGGAUUAGAAGUUGAAUGUUUGAUGCUCUUUCCUCCUUUAUUUGUACCAAAACUGAAACAUAAUUUUCAAAGUUUUGUGAUUUGUUUGGUUACUAGUGAGGUGUUCUUUUGAGUAAUGUACAAUUUUACAAGUUAUCAUAAGAUUAUUAUAUUAUCA